AUGCGCGCGAAAAUCGUCAGAAGUAAGGCGCUCUGCUGGCAGUACUUAUUAGGCGCAUAUCAAAGCCCAUUACUCUGUCUGCGGCCGUGCACGAAAGAAAGGAAGGGGAAAAGCCCACGACAGGACUCGGGAGGAGGAAGGAAGGAGAAGAAGACGGCAAACAUGGCGGCGGCUCAUGCGGCAGCGGCGUCCCCCACCCACCGCGCCUCCGUUCAGGCGACGUCGACCCCGCCGUACCCCAGCGCGGCCCGGAUCGCCGACUCCUCCUGCUUCCCCCAGUACACCGCCUCCCUCAAGUGUUUGGAGACCAGCCAAGACAAGAGCAAGUGCCAGCAGCAGUUCGACGAUUACAAGGAGUGCAAGAAGAAAGAGAGGGAGGCUCGGCUUGAACGAAACCGGAGCCGGACAUUAUUUGGGUGAAAAUUGGAGGAGCACUGUGCAGUGAACCGAAGAGUUAAUGUUGGCGAAACCAUGAAGUGUUUGAUCUCCUGAUGUUACUUUUAAGUUAUUGAAGUUAGAAAAUAGUCGAGCACUCUGGGUUCAGAGAAAUGUAAGAACAAGAUGGCACUAGAAAAUCUCUACAAUAAAUUGCUACUCCCAGAAACAACUGUACAUCGAAAGCCUGAAACCGCGUUGUCUUGACGUGGAGUCGUGAUGUUUGUAUUUCGAUGAUGUUUGUUGAUUCUCUGGUAUAUAUAUUUAAUUCUAACGAA